UGCGUGGCAUCCCCGCGCCACUUCAUUAGGAAAAUUGCAACGACUCUGCUUAAUGAGACGGCACGAGCAGCUUCUUAACCCCCAAUCCGUGCAUGCUGCAAAACAACCUCCCCGCGCGCGCGCGCGCGCUACACGACCGCUUAUCGGGGGGGUACUGUAGCUUUAAAGGGGUGUUGGUCGACGGAGAGGUAGCACAUAGGUUUAAUUUAGUCGCAAAGGAACACGGAGUACGCUUUUUAUUUUUUUGGGACAGUGUUGACCUCUAAGAAAGCGCGUGCAACCUGCAGCCAUGGGAGAAGAGGAGACUCGUCAGAAAUUGCUGCGCAGUGUGAAAAAAGAGGUGAAACAGAUCAUGGAGGAGGCGGUGACGAGGAAAUUUGUGCACGCCGACAGCAGCCACAUCGUCUCAUUCUGUGCUGUGGUGGAAGCCUGUGUGCUGCACGGGUUAAAGCGGCGUAUCGCGGGACUGCUGUGCAGCAACAAAGUGGCAGCGCUCUUCAUGAAAGUGGCCAAAAGCUUCACGCCCGCAGAGCAACUUUGUCACAAGGUCCAAGAGCUGGAGCAACUUAUGGAAAACAGCAAACAGAACAAUUCCUCGCAGGGCAUUGGGCGAAGUCGCCGGUCCAAGUUGAACAACCUUCCGCCUCAGGCACUCAAACACUUGUGGAUCCGAACGGCUCUUCUGGAGAAGCUCCUGGACAAGAUCAUACUGUAUUUAGUGGAGAACUCCAGUAUCUUUUAUGAGAAAGAAGCCAUGUUGAUGGAUCCUGUGGAUGGACAAAUUCUUGCCUCACUUUUGGGUAAUGAUAGCCGACGUUAUACAGCAAACAGACAUUUUUGUGACACGUUCUUUGACCUUACAGUCGGCCCCUGUGCUUUGGAGUACACCCAAGUGAAGACCGCUGACCAUUUCUGGACAGACCCGUCAGCCGACGAGCUGGUACAGAGGCACCGCAUCCACAGCGGCCAUUGUCGACAGGACUCACCCUCCAGGAGGCCUGCCCUGAUUCAAAAGAGGCAGUCCAGUGGCAGCAUGGACGAUCGCCCUUUGGUGUGGGCGAGAGAGUAUGUGGAAUCGCUGCACCAAAACUCCAGAACCACAUUGCUGUUUGGAAAGAACAACGUCCUGGUGCAGCCGAGGGACGACAUGGAGGCCAUUCCGGGCUACCUCUCGCUGCAUCAAACGGGAGAGCUGAUGACACUUAAAUGGACGCCCAAUCAGCUAAUGAAUGGCAAUGUGGGGGAGCUGGAUUCUGAGAAGAGUGUCUACUGGGAUUUCGCCAUGACGAUUCGCUUGGAGGAGAUUGUAUACCUCCACUGUCACCAGCAAGUGAACAGUGGUGGAACCCUCGUGUUGGUGAGCCAAGAUGGCAUCCAGAGACCCCCUUUGCACUUCCCCAAAGGCGGCCACCUGCUCCAGUUUCUCACCUGCUUGGAGACGGGCCUUCUUCCUCACGGCCAGCUGGACCCACCGCUUUGGAAUCAGAGGGGGAAGGGAAAGGUUUUCCCCAAAUUGCGCAGGAGGAGCCCGCAUAGCUCAUGCGACUCGGUGUCUGAUAAAGAGGAUGACGAGGCAACGGAUUACGUGUUUCGGAUCCUCUUUCCUGGGAUUCAAAUGGAGUUCAUGCCUUUAGAGUUGAUGGACCAGGGUAUGAACAUGUGGCAACCAACACCCAGGACGUCCUCUGGUUCCUCCUGCUCACAGACAGGAUCAUCCGAUAGCUCUCUGCCAAGUGGCUGCAGUCAAGAAAGGGCUCCUUUGAAGCUCCUCUGUGACACCAUGAAGUACCAGAUCAUCUCCCGUGCAUUUUAUGGAUGUGAGUGCAAAUUUCACUCGGAUCUUAUUGACUACAACAGUUCUCAUGGCAGUUUUUUUUUUUCAACUCCAGGGCUGGCGUAUUGUCGUCACCUGUCCACGGUUCGCACCCACCUCUCCGCUCUGGUCAACACCACCAUAGUCUUCCCUGAUGUGCCCUCGAAUGCACAGGGGGGUCUCUCUGCUGACGUCUGGGCCAGGUUUCUCCAGGACAGUUCUGCCUUUGAAGAGCUGGAGAUAUACAGGUUGGUCUAUUUUGGAGGCGUGGCACCUUCCUUGCGCAAGGAAGUCUGGCCCUUCUUGUUGGGACAUUACCGUUUCACAAUGACUGAGAAAAGCAGGCUGGAGAUUGAUGAGCAGAUGCGGCUCAUGUACGAGCAGACCAUGAAAGAAUGGCAAGGCUGCGAGGCCAUUGUCCAACAGAGGGAGCGUGAGAAACACGCAGAGGCCCUCGCCAGGUGUUUGUCCGGCAACAGUGUCGAACAAGCGCCAGUGGUGGAGCGGGACUCGACCAUUAGCACAGAUUCAUCACUAUGCAGCAGCUCGGAUCCACAGAAUACGCAGUCACAGAGUGACUCAAACAGUAGUGGUGUACCGGUUUUUGCAUCAGUUGAAACUACGGAUCCCACAAGGCCUGAAGGAGAUCAAAUAGAGCACAACAGUCCAGUAAAGGACAUCCCAGCCGGUCCUUCGGGGUCCAACAACUUAUCCAAAGUGGAUGUGACGAAACCACCACCAUCAGCCUGCGAUAGCUACCUUCUUUUAACUGAGCCAGCUAAUGCAUCGGGACCCUCUCAGGAGUCGGUGAAGCCAUCGGACGUCUUGAGUGAGGAAACUACAGCUGAUUCACUGCCAGACACGGUCAAUGUACUUGAGUCGGUGCCAAAGGACAGUCUCUUAGGAAGUGACAAGAUGGAUAGGAAUGAAGCUGCUGGGAUAAUUGAGCUCUCAGAAUCUGAGGAAAAAGCUGAAAACACAAAGACUGCAAAUGCGAUCAUUGACGCGAGAGUCCCACCAGACACUACUAAUGUUAUUCAUCUGGAAAAGGAGAUUCAGAAUAAGUAUUUCCAAGCUCCACCACUCGGACAAACUCUUCAAGCACAAAAUAGAGGAGAUCAAGAAAAGGAUUCUUCUGAGAUGAAUGAUAUUGCAACAAUCGGCAGAGAUCCGGAAAGUUUUGAAAAAGAAGAAAUGAUUAACAACCUGCGCUCGCAAUUGUUGACUGCCUGUCUCUUAGAGGUAGACAAUGCCGAGUCGGCAGAUUCAGGAUCGUCCGAAGCCAGAAAUGUGUCUGGCGUAUCAAACUCACCAGUCAGGCAAGUACUUGACGCUCUACAGUCGGCAUCCCGCGGGAGCCUUUCGCUAUCGUCCCAUCCCAGGCAGUCCCCGGAUUCUGAGGACUCUCCCUCUGCCCUGGAGAUGGAGGACAUCCCUGUCGGGGUGGCCUGCCUGAAUGUCGAGGAACUCAACACAAGGCCCUUGACUAACCUAGCCGCCCCGCCAGCAUAUCUGGCUCGGAGAGCCAAGCUGGCACGCGAGGACCUUGUCCUAGACAUCGCUUGCAACACCAGUCCUGAGGACACUGACGCAGGAUUGUCUGAAGACGAGCCUGAUGUGGAAAACGAGUUAACCGCACCAGAGUCUUCCGAGGUGGUCACAGAGUCCAAACAGGAGGACUCCACAGCUCAACAAAUAUACUCGCAAGAAAUCAUGGAUAUGUACCUAAUCAACUUGCAUCGUAUUGACAAAGACGUCAGACGAUGUGACCGCACAUACUGGUACUUCACUCAAGAAAACCUGGAUAAGUUGAGGAAUAUCAUGUGCAGCUACGUGUGGCAACACUUGGACAUAGGUUACGUCCAGGGCAUGUGCGACAUACUGGCUCCCCUGCUGGUGAUUCUGGAUGACGAGGUGAUGGCGUUCAGCUGCUUCACAGAACUGAUGAAAAGGAUGAACCAGAACUUUCCACACGGGGGCGCUAUGGAUUCUCACUUUGCCAGCAUGCGUUCGCUCAUUCAGAUCCUGGACUGUGAGCUGUUUGAGUUGAUGCAGCAGAACGGUGACUACACUCACUUUUACUUCUGCUACCGAUGGUUCCUGCUGGAUUUUAAAAGAGAAAUGGUGUACGAUGACGUUUUCUCUGUGUGGGAGACCAUCUGGUCGGCAGCGUACACCACCUCUGAGCAUUUUGUGCUUUUCAUCGCACUGGCGCUUGUGGAAACGUACAGGGACAUCAUUCUGGAGAACAACAUGGACUUCACGGACAUCAUCAAGUUUUUCAAUGAAAUGGCCGAGCGACACGACAUCCCACGGGUCCUGACGAUGGCUCGGGACUUGGUCCACAAAGUCCAGACGCUCAUCGAAAACAAGUGAUUCUGGACUCGAUUGUUCCUUUGUCAUUUUCUUUUGAAUAACACGACAAAACAAAAACGGGGUAAAAUUGCAGUAAGAGUCUUAAGUGGUUAAAGUUGAUUGUCAGUUCAAAACUUUCAGUUGCUCCUAUCUCGACUGAGGCAGACGAUAAAGGCCAGUAUAUUGAUUUUAUUUAUUUUUUUAAAUGUUAUUGUUCACAUUGUGAAUGUACCCUUGUUGAAACAGCUUCAGGAUGUUAAUUUUGCCUUAACUGUUGCCAUUCUUUUCAGGGAUACAGUUUCAUUUUUAAGUCAUACCUUACUAAUGUCUUGUGCUGCUUUGUUGGGUUUCAGGAUACCUAAAAGAAACAAACACGGAAAGUCUUGAGUUUGUACAAUAUCCUUGGUGCUUUCAAUUUUUCAUUAAGGCUUUUAAAUUAGAAGCACACAUCUUUCUGUGUUGGUACUGCUUAUCUGCAGAAACAUCAUUCCACGAUUCAUUUGAAGGAUUGCCCACCAGGCUUUUAACCAAAUCAAAUAUGAUAGAUUCAGGUGUCCACAUUAGGGUCUGGGUAGAUUACUUAACAUUAAUUGUAAGUUGUUUCAAAACAUUUCAUGCCAGAUAAAUAUUGCCGCUUAGACUAACCGGUCACUGCUCUCCCAAAGUAUUUCAGUGGCUCCCAAUUAGUUCCAAAGCUUGUUUGGUGUCAUCAAUGUUUCAUGAUCAUUGCUUAUGUGUUCCGCCAAACCGCCCCAGUGUUGUGAAUUGCUGUGCUCCUUCUGUCAAAAUUGCUGGAUACAAUGUGAGACCCAUUGUACAAAGCUAGCACAUUUAUUAAAUGCAAUACAAUGUCGAUAUAUGGGCUUCACCUGA